AAGGGAGGAGGAGGAGGAGGAAGAAGAAGAAGGCGCCGGGGGGGGAGGUGUGUGUGUGUGUGUGGGGGGGUGUGUGUGUGUUUGGGGGGGGCCGUUCAGCCCGCUGAGGCCGGCGGAGGGAUGGAUAAGUACGACGACCUGGGUCUGGAAGCCAGCAAGUUCAUCGAAGACCUCAACAUGUACGAGGCCUCCAAGGACGGGCUCUUUCGGGUGGACAGAGCGGCCGGCAACAACCCCGAGUUCGAGGAGACCAGGAGGGUCUUCGCCACCAAAAUGGCCAAGAUCCACCUCCAGCAGCAGCAGCAGCAGCAGCAGCAGGAGGAGAUGCUGAUGGCCGCCCUGAACGGGGGGGCUGCCUUCAACACCCCCCGGCCCAGCCCGACGGCGGCGCGGGGUGCCAAGCCGCCCCCAGCCUCCACCAUGAGGCCGUACGACGGAGGAGAGCGCGGCUUCAGCGAGACCGGGGCGCGUACCGAGGCCUCGGGGAGCCAGGCCGGACGCCGGAGCUGGGAAUCGGAGCCCGACAGAAUCCCCAGAGUGGGGGGCUCGCGGCCUGGCACGGGACGUGGGGAGCAGCAGGCUGGCAGCUCCAGGGAACCCCAGCCCUGCCGUGGUGGGCAGGAGAAUGGCAGCGAGGGCAGGCGGGGUGGUGGGGACCAGAGGUCCUCCUCCUUCUCGCACGCCCGGACCCCCCCGGCACCCUCAGCGGGGAUGGAGGAGGGGGCUCCGGGGGCCCUGCCACAGCAGAGGUCCUCCUCCUUCUCGACCCCCUCAGUGCAGCCCGACCGGGGGUUUUCGGGCCCUGCUGAUGCCUGCGGUCCCAGGGCCGGAGGGGACGGCAGCCAGCGGUGGUACCAGGGCAUGCCGGUGGCCUUCACCCCCAGCUCUGCACCUGCUGCCCCGAGCGUGGACUACCAGCACACCACCGCCUACCCUGGCCCAACCGGCCACUUUGUGGCCCACGGUCAAAACCACCGGCCCAACGGCAGCGGUGUGAGCCCCGAACCGGGCUCCUCACGCCUCGCCUCGCGCGGGCCGAUGGCUGCGGAUGCUCCACAGCCACCUUUCCCAGAGGGCGGAAGCGGCCCACGGUCGGACGCCGGGCAGCCGGAGGGCUCCAGCGCGGUGAAGGUGAAGCUGCCCUGCCAGACCCUCCUUCCGCAGCCGGAGCAAGGGCCGUCGGCGGCUGAGCUGAAGCUGGAGGCCCUGACCCAGCGCUUGGAGCAGGAGAUGGAUGCUCGGCCGAAGGCAGAUUACUUUGGCACCUGCGUGAAGUGCAGCAAGGGGGUGUAUGGAGCGAACCAGGCUUGCCAGGCCAUGGGCAACCUCUACCACGAUGGCUGCUUCACCUGCGGAGCCUGCAGUCGAAAGCUGAGAGGAAAAGCCUUUUAUUUUGUCAAUGGCAAGGUGUUCUGUGAAGAAGAUUUCCUGUAUUCUGGUUUCCAGCAGUCAGCUGACAGGUGUUUCAUUUGUGGUCAUUUGAUAAUGGACAUGAUCCUGCAGGCUCUAGGGAAAUCAUAUCAUCCAGGCUGCUUCCGAUGCGUGGUCUGCAAUGAGUGUCUGGAUGGUGUGCCAUUCACUGUAGACUCUGAAAACAAAAUCUACUGCGUCAGAGAUUACCACAAAGUUUUGGCCCCAAAGUGUGCAGCCUGUGGACUUCCCAUUCUGCCCUCCGAGGGGUCUGAUGAGACCAUUCGGGUUGUGUCCAUGGACAAGGAUUACCACGUGGAAUGUUACCACUGCGAGGACUGUGGGAUGGAACUGAAUGACGAAGACGGGCAUCGCUGUUACCCGCUAGAUGAACAUUUGCUUUGUCACUCCUGUCAUCUGAAACACAUAGAGGAUGGCACAACCCCAGCAGCUGUGUACCAGCACCACUACUAGGCAGGGUGGCCGAUAUGGGAAAGCCGGGACAGAAGACUUGUUACGUGAUCUCUCUCUCCCCACCCUCGGUUGAUUUCCUGUGCAUGUUUUUCACCAGUCGGCAAUGUUCCUGUAAAAGGAUAUGAGAGUUUUUUGCUGGAUUCCUAGGGUUUGUAUGCUUGUGAGUUCCAGCUGUAUCAAACCAUUUCUACUUGACCAAGAACGUGGCGUGUUAUCUAAAGUGAUCCGUUGACUUUAACGUGCCUUUUUCUGCUCUCUGGAGAUUCCUCUUGGCUCAUUUUGGAAGAUUCCUCAGUGAAAGCACAAUUUGCUGUCGUGCCUAUGAACUCAGAUCGUGCCAUGCACAAUUAAAAAGCCAGAGGCUGGCUUGCCUGCCUGCCUGCUGGGGACAUCCCGUCAGCCUACUAAGUGUUUCCCGACAAGCACAUUUCAUCAGAUUCCCUGAAGGACAUCAACCUAUUAAUAUGAGUUUUUAGACACUCUCUCUCUUUUUAUUAAUUUUUUUAGGAAAAGAAAAGAAAGAGCGCAAAAUCGUGCUCUCAGACCUUCCAGUUAAUUCCCUGAACUCCGGUAUCAAGUCUGGCUGUAAUUGCACCAACUCUCCAAGCCCAGACCAGGCGGGCUGGCUGGCAGCUGGAAGCUGACAUCCCAUUUCAAACAGAGCAAAAAACUGCAACAAGCUAAGCUAAAGCACCCUGUUGACUUGGGGCCUGGGCUUGUGUGUCAAAAUGACACACUGUCUGCUGUGUCAGAGUCUGGAUAGCAGAUUAUAUUUGGAAAGCAAAGGCCGGGAUGCUGAAAGUGUUGUCCACAGGGAAAUCAGCCUUGUUCUUGCUUGCAGAGCUCUCUUUGGGAAAAAGCUCUCUGUACACAGACACUUGCCUGAGUUUUCCAGCUUGUCCCCACAGCUCAGCCCCUCGCCUGGCCACUCCUUUCCGUGGUGUUUACCCAGCACAAAGCCAUUUCAUAAUGGUGCUUAUUUAGAGCUCUGGGAACAAACUUGUUAUCGGUAUGAAAGCUUUGUUACCCAGGGAUUUAGAGCUCGGCUCCACAACCUGUACUCAAAUGAGUACGUUGGUAUAAACAGAUUUUCUGCCGUGGAUAAUAACAGCUUAUCUGAGAAUGGGGUUACUGAGUUUGGCCCUUGCUUUCCAUUCUGCUGAGAAAGCAGAAAGGCAUAUCGUUUCUCUUUUCGAACCUCCCUGCUUUAUAGUCAAAGAAAUCUGCUCCCCCAGUAUGUUACAUGUAAGAUAGCUGUGCCUGCAGUGCAUGUUCUGUAGGUACCAAAGCUGCGCAGCCCCUCGUGUACAGGUACAAAAUUUUUCUUGAAGAAAAAGCCUUUUAUUUAAAGUCUCAGAUGCAGUCAGGGAUCUUAGCUACCCUUUCUGACAUACUGUGUGAAAAACAAGUUAAAUCCCAAUGUAUCCAUGCUAAAAAUGUAAAUUCAUUUCUGAUUGAUAGGGAUGACAUUCCGGAAGAUUUUUUAGUGAGGAAACUAUAAUAAAUUAGCUGAGCAGUGGCACUGGGACUCCUGACGUGAGCCUGUGCCAAGAACCCACUGUGGUUCAACCAAACCUCUUUUCCCGUAGCAUGGAUGUAGCUGGAGAGGUGCUUGAACUUCACGCCGUGUAGUCAGACUGCCUCAUGUACCUGUCUGCAGCGAUGCAGGUGCGAGGUGCAGCAAGCUGCCCGUCUCUGCCUGUGCUAGUAAAUACCACGGGCCUCCGUUUUGAGUGGGGCAAGUUGCUGCACUAAGUAUUACAGAGGCACAAGCAUCUGCUGCAAAACAGAUGGAGACCAGUGGCCUGUUGGCACCCUCCUACACAUCUGUAUUAGCGUGCCGUGUCUGAAAUGUGAACAUCUGAAACUGCUCGGGGAGCUUGGUGGUUUUGGCGUGGAGUUUCAUCGGGCCAGCAGACCAUCCAGCCUUCUGUCCCGUCUGGCCGUAAGUGCCUCUGCCUGUUGCUGCUGCUCUUUGGGAUGGGGAUGGUGGCACACGGCCAGAGGUCGGUCCCGCGCUGGAAACCAUCCAGAGCCCCAGCUUUUGUGUAGCUUGACUCUGCGGUGCUCUUUGUCCUGGGGACGUGCGACCCCUCAGUGAGCAACUAAAAGCUCAAGAGAGGGGACUUUCCCACUGCAGCGUACAUGGCUCUGGGGCGUAUAUAUCUUGGGAGAGUUUUACCUGUGGUUUUAGAGGAGGUAAAAUUGACCCCAAAUAUGUGAGCUCCCUGGACCCUUAAAUUUGGCCUCCAAAUACCAGAUAGUGAAGGGAUGGGAACCGACACAAAAUAUAUAACUGGUGCUGUAUCCAGGCAAUAUGGAUUGGUUGUGACAAAACACCUGGGGCAGAUCCUGCAGGGCUCUCACCCCGGUGCGCCGCAUCAGCUGGGGACACAGCUGGGCACGGGGGGCUAUGUGUGUCUCAAGAUGUGACUGUGAUCUUAGGACUGUCUAAAGUGACCGAGGUGGGAAAUAAUGCCAGCUGAGUGUCCCUUGGUGGAUAAUUCAGAUAGUCCUGGGCAAGCGGUUCCCCGCCCUGAGCUGCCUUUGGCGGGGAAGGCAGUGAGGUAUCAAAGUGGCUUCUAGAAGUGAGCUGGAAACACCAGCCCCGAUCUGUUGUUCUGUCUCUGAGAGACUGGCUACCACGUGGCUUGUGCUAUUGCUAGCUCUUGAUUUUUAGAGCAGCCCCUCAUGCACAUUUUUUGGCCUCCGUUUUGAGAAACAAGCUGAAACCACUAGCAGGGCUGAUAUUUUCUUUUUGAGCUAGGGUGUCAGCUACUGUCUCAUUCUUGCAGCCUUCCCCACAGCCCCCAAAAUAAGCAGGCAAGGAGGGGAGAAGGGACAUUUUCCUUCGUGGAAAGCCUCGAGCAGCCCGUUUGCAGCAAGCUGUCUUGCAGGAGCCUCCUUUGCAUCAACGGAAGGUUUGGGCUCUGCUCCCACACGGUGUCUUGUUACUCGUGUCAGCCAUCCCGUAUCCCUCAGCGCUGGGGAAUUGAAGGCUGCCCUACUUUCAGUUUUGAGGUCCUGUAUAAAUUAUUAAGUGCCCGUGCUCUCCUUUCCUCUGUUCACGAGGAGCGAGAAAUGACAAUGUGAAGCUGUUGAAAAUGAAACGCGUGAGUUGGUGGUUUUGAAGCUAAAGCGUCUGCUGCGUUGCCCUGAGCCCCUGCGUGUCCUAACUGGCACUGCUUUUAUCUUUGGGAGUUUGAAUUCAUUUAAGCUUAUCAUUAUUUCUCCUAGGCUGUGGGUGUCUGAGUCCCUGUUGAUUGUUCCCGGCUUGUCCGUGGCUUGGCUGCCUGACGGUGGGUCCGGGAUGGGGGAUGCUUCUCCUCCUCCUCCUCCUGGUCCCCUCACCAGGCAUCUGUGGAGCUGCAAACCCUCACUGCCUGCCUUCGGGCAGCUCCCACAAAGUUAAAAACAGGCAGGCAGAUAGGUAGGUGGCUCUGGAGCUAGAGGUGCAAGGUUUCACCUGCUUCGCAGAAGAAUUUAAUAAAAUGUGUUAAAUUCUGUCACCUGGCUGAUACAUGCUGGGUUUCACUCUUCACGUGAACCUUGUUGGCUUUUUAUUUAUUAAGAUGCUGAAACGUGCUGUGAAAAGUUAGCCUUAAGUCCUCCCCCAGCAUGCUCUUCUGACUGAUUUUAAGGUGAGGGACCCUUGGAAGUCCCAUUGUGCUGGUAAUGAGUAACUCAUAUGCAAAUAGGUAUUCAAGUGAAUCCCCUGAAACUUGCUUUCAGGAGCCGGAGCUUAAUAGAUUUUUUUUCAUUCAGAUCAUGCUGUUAAAUUUCUAUUGUUUAGAAUGUGGAAGGUGAUUUAAAAAGAGAUUUUUUGCAUAAAAGCCAGGGGAAAAGCCCCAGCUAUAGAAGCAGCAGACAUUUUUUGUGUGAUUUAAAGUGGAAGAAACACCUGUGAUCAAAGUGAUUCAAGAAAGUGCCCUGAUGUUAAACACAGGGAACAGCAUUUUCAAACACCCUGGUGAGGAGUGUUUGAUGGGGUCUGUGACUCUUCAGUUUCCGAGUUUCGUUUGGGGGCUUUUAAAGCGUUUUCCCAGUCUUUCAGGGUUUAAACGACUUUUUUAAGAUCUUUUUACUAGGAAGUGAAUAGCUCCUUGGUCUGGAAACGGUAGAAUCUCAUCAGCAUGAGGUGUGCAAUGGCAGAUGUGAAAGAGGGAAGCUGUGCUCCUAGGAGCACGUACGCGUCUGGCUGGCAGUUCCAAAGGAAGGGGUAUCUUUGGCUGCCAAGAGAAGAAAGCCGAUAUCGUCCUGUGCUUGCUCCUUGUGCUGAUUUUUAGCACUGGGCAAAUAGUUGGCAUGCCUGAAUCUCAGCACUCGGGUCUGUUGGUAAGCGCUGCUGCGACCUCCUCCUCUCCCUCCCGUGAGUUCACAGCUCUGGGACGAAUCGCGGGCACACGCUUCCUGAUGAAUUUAGUCCCUAUUUUGCACUUCCCUGAAAAUUUUACCACUUUGCUAUUUCAGCAACAGCAAAAAUGGGUCCUUGCUUAAAGGAAAAUGGACAUACACUCUUCAUCCUUACUUGAACGCUUUGACCUGAUCCUCCAAAUUACCCGAAUAUCAGCCUGGUGCUGGUCGAUGCAGUGGCGGCUUUGUACUCCGCUGCUGUUGCUACGAAAAUUGCAUGAAGGACUCCGUCCUCAUUAACCGUGCAGUGCACAGGCAGGCAGUCCCACUGAAACCAAUAAAGGCUGUGCACAUAUGUGAAAAUCAAUGUGUGCGCGCAGGUCAGUGUUGGAUCAAGGGCAGAGCGAUUUUAUCACAGAUGAGACAUACCUGAGGAUGAGUCUGCGGCAGUGGAAAAAGUUGCCUUGAAACAAUCGCUGAGACGGACUGCCAACUUUUUUGUUCAAUAAACAAAAAUAUGUACUGAAGCAGUGGGGGUACAUGGGGAAAGAAGGGGGUGACUUAAAAAAUACAGUAGCUGUAGGGAAAAGAGGGCAGGCGAUUACGGAGAGCAGGGGAGAAGGCGGCGUGGAGGGGAUUUGCUUUUGUUUGUUGUAUUCCUCGGCAUUUUUUGCAGGGGGUUUUGAGGGAAAGUGCAUCUGCGUAGGCUCGUCUGGACUGUGCUCCUCCCAUGUCGUCCUCUGCUGCGUGCUCUGUGGCUGCUUUUGGCGGCCUGUGUGCUGUCGGGUCUGCGCACGGGGACAUGCGGUGUGCGCUGCCUGCGAGAGACCCGCCUUUCACACCUCUGUGCCCGUGCCGAGUGUUUGUAGAUGCAUUUUGAACAACCUUCUGCGCGUGAAUGUAAGGACAAGUUGGCCCAGGCUUGUUGCUGGAGAAGCACCUCUGGAGUCAGUACCUGCGGGCAGGGAAGGGCUGUGGCCAGAUACACAUCCCUUUUCCCCCAUCUUCUGAGGCCGAGCGCCCGCCUCACUGGGAGAAGCUGGGGGGGGCGGUUUGCCUCUCUCGUCACACUGCAUUUGUGCAUUCAUUUUUCUUUUCCGUUUCUGUGUCCUUGCCGCUCGCUGGCUGCAGUGGCACUAAGUGUACUUACCGGACUUGAUCGGCCAGACAUCUUCUUGCUGUGAGCCCAGACAGAGCCCAGAGCUGCUCCCCCAUCCUAAGGAAAAACAAAAUUAAGCUUUUCUGAGCAAUAAAAAUCCUCACCCUGCUUUCUUCCAGGGCAGCCAGAAGCUUGCGCGGCAAUAUGCAUCAGUAGCCCGCUAAGACGAGAUGAGAGACGGGAAGAAACUGUCCCCACGUGAAAAUAGGUGGUGUAGAGCCCCUGAAUGCAGAUGACAAGGAUGCCCCUUGGCAGGGAUGGCCGGGCUGCAGUCCCCAGCCCUGCUGGCACCCACCCUGGUCCCCGCGCAGCAGCAGGUCUGCGGUGCACGGCCAGACGGGGACCCGGGCGCACACACGCGGGCUGUGGGUUUCUGUAUCCGGAAAGCAAAUCCAGAGCCUGGCUAACGAUACUGAACGGUACUAAUUAUUUUGUUUGUUUCCUUCAAAGCUCAACUCCGGGAGAGAGUAUUUUAGGAUUUGUGCUGGUGUAACUAACCUUAGCCACCUGUGAACACAGCCCUCUUUUCUUCUGUGCUGUUAAAUAUUUAUAAAGAACGAAGGCUGGCAGAGGGGGUGAAGCCGCUGGCCUGUUGUGAUUCCAGUGAUUAAAGACAAUACCGUAACACA